UUUUGUAAGGAACAAUAAUCCUCCAUGUUCCAAAAUAUCUUUUUUGUCUUUUUACCCCUUGUCCUUUUUGGACCUGAUCCCUAUUGGAUCUUAGCCGUUUUCUUGUUUUUUAUUGCUGUUGUCUUUUUGUACAGCUCACUCCUUUUGUCCUAGGUUUCUAGCUAGUUCCUUGUAUAUAUAUAGAGAUAGAAAGGUUAGUGAGCCGUAGGCUUUUGUAAAAACUUUGAUAUCAAAAGCUUCCUGGUUGUGAGCUUUGUGAAUAUACAAAACUGGAAACUGAUUUCCAGAUUAAAAUCAUUUUGAGUGUCUGAUUCUUUUCAUGGUAUCAGAGCUUUGGUUAUCACUUUUCCUUUAAAAGUUUCAGAGGCUCAACUUUCUUUUAAGAGAUGGCUAAAGACAAAGGUGAGCAAACUGGUAAUGAAAAUACCAAUGCAAACCCUUACAAAGAUCCUUUAUUCAUAGCUGUGAAUGAUAAUGGGUCUACACCAUUAGGAAGCAUCAUCUUUGAUGGAACAAACUUCAUGAACUGGAGUAAGAGUAUCAGGAUAGCCUUAGGAGCUAAAAAUAAGCUAGGCUUUCUUGGAGGAAAACACCCUAAACCCACUACUGGAGAAGAAGAAGUCCAAAAAUGGGAAAGAUGCGAUUAUAUGGUUAGGUCAUGGCUGCUGGCAACCAUGAAACCAGAUGUGGCAGGAAGCUUGGUGAAUAUGCAGUCAACCAAGCAACUUUGGGAAGAAAUUCUUGAGAGAUAUGCUCAGACAAAUGCUCCACAACUCUUUGCACUCAAGAAAGACUUGUGGGAGUUACAGCAAAACAACCUUAGUAUAAGUGAGUAUUACUGCAGGCUGAAGAGUAUUUGGGACCAGAUUGGAGAUUUGGAAGGUAUGCCAGACUGCACAUGUGGUGCAAUGUCAAAGUGUAGCUGUGAUCUUGCAAAAAGGGUGAUGGAUUUACAAGCCACUGAGAAGUUGAUAAAAUUUGUGAUGGGACUCAAUACUGGAUAUGACCAGAUGAAAUCAAAUCUCUUAAGCACUGACCCCUUGGUCACUGUGAACAAGGCCUACAAUUUGGUGCUUCAAAUAGAAAGGCAAAAACAAAUUACAGGAGAAAUGACAGCAGCUCUGGAAGCUAGUGCUUUAGCUGUGAACAGGCAAGUUCAAAGCAGAAAUUUGGGGCUGUUAAAAAAUUUCCAGAAGAAAGAUUAUUACAAACAGUUCAAAAUAGAGAAGAUGACAAGGUUUUGUGAGCAUUGUGGUAAGAAGGGGCACAAUAAAGAGGAAUGCUUCCAGAUUGUGCGUUACCCAGAGUGGUACAAGAAGGGACCUGAACAAUUCAAGAGUGCUGCAAACAUGGUGAAGGAUACAAGAAAUCCUAUUCAAGACAACCCUCUGGAUUAUGCAGCUCAGGAUCAAGAAGCAAGUGGAAUGAAGCAAGACAACAAAUUCAUGAACACUCUUGUUCAAGAAGUCAUCAAGGCUAUUGCAGAGAAGCAAGGAGAAGCUAGCAGCAGUCAGGCAAAUUUUGCAGGACCUUUCCAUUAGAAGAAAUGUGUUUCUUGGAAAGCAGGAAAGUGACCUCUAUAAGCUACAAAGUGACACUGAGGAUAUGAAGAAGAAUGUUGAAGUUUUACUAAAUUUUGCUAAUGAUGAAACAAUGACAAACUGUAAUAAUGUAGCUAACUUGAAUCUUCUUCAUGCUAGACUAGGGCAUGUUUCUUUGUCAAAGAUGCAACAUAUAACUCUAUGCAAGUGUAAGAAUCUUAAAGAGUUUUUUUGUGACACUUGUUCUCUUGCUAAGCAUCACAAAUUGCCUUUCACUCUUAGUAAAUCUAUUGCUUCGCAUGUGUUUGAAUUGAUACAUGUGGAUCUAUGGGGUCCCUACAGGACAAAGUCCUUAACAGGUGCAAGUUAUUUUCUUACUAUUGUGGAUGACCACAGUAGGGUUACUUGGACUCAAUUGUUGUCUAACAAAGAGCAGGUGAAAGGCACCUUACUUAACUUCUUUGUUCAUGUUGAAAAUCACUUUGAUACUAAAGUGAAGACACUUAGAAGUGACAAUGGAACAGAGAUAUUUCAAGAAGAAUGCAGACAGAUGUUUCAUGAAAGAGGCAUCACACAUCAAAGAAGUGUGGCAGGAGUCCCUCAACAAAAUGCCAGAGUAGAGAGAAAGCACAGGUUCUUACUUGAAACAGCUAGGGCUUUGAAAUUGCAUGCAGGAAUGCCCAAUUACUUGUGGGGAGAAUGCAUUCUUGCAGCCACACAUUUAAUAAAUCUCCUACCUAGCUCUGUUAUCAACUGGGAUACACCCUACAAAAGGUUGACUAAGAAGGAACCAAACUAUGAGCAUCUCAAAAUGGUUGGUUGCCUAUGCUAUGCUAGUCCUCAUAAGAGGCCAAGUGAUAAAUUUGCCCCAAGGGCAAUUAGAUGUAUUAUGUUGGGAUACCCAUAUUGUCAAAAGGGGUACAAAGUCAUGGAUUUGGCAACUAAACAGAUUUUUGUAAGCAGAGAUGUUGUUUUUAAAGAAAACAUUUUCCCUUUCUUAUUAAAUCAAACAGCACCUGGUUCUUUUAGCCUAGAUACUGCAGCAACAACUGAUGAUAACACUAAUUUUUGUUAUGAUGAGCCAACUAACACCCUUCAUCCAGUAGAUGAUGAGGGAACAACUGAGCAUGUUUUUACAGAUGCUGAACAGGUGGAGCAUGAACUGCUUGAUACAGCUCCUCAGAUCACUUCAGACAACCAUGAGGAGGUC